UCAAUAUUCAUAAAAAUGAAAGUGUUGUGGUUGUUAGCUCUUGGCUGUUUAGCGGUUUCCGCUUCUGUAUUCGAUGAGGAUGAUAGUCGUAUCCAUGGUGAAAACGGCUGGUAUGUGCCACAGGAAGAUGGCUCUUUCAAUUGGGUGGAUAUGCAAGAAGCCGAAUCCUAUCUUGAGGCCAUGGAAGAAAUUGAUGACUUUGGUUUGACCACCGCCCCUGUUAAAUACUAUUUGUAUACUAAAUCCAAUCCUACAAAGGGUAAAAAGAUUACUGCUAGCGCAAAAUCCAUUAAGGCAUCCAACUUUAAUCCUGAACAUCCCACCAGAUUUGUCAUACAUGGUUGGACUCAAAGUCGCCUUUCGGGUAUGAACAAAAAUAUACGUAAUGCCUGGUUAAGUUUGGGUGAAUACAAUAUCAUUGUGGUCGAUUGGGCUCGUGCUCGUUCUGUGGAUUAUGCCACUUCCGUGUUGGCGGUACCCAAGGUGGGCAGAAAGAUAGCCAGCAUGAUUGAUUAUUUGGUGAAAAAUCACGGCAUGUCAUUGGAUACUUUAUACGUCAUUGGUCACAGUUUAGGUGCUCAUGUAGCUGGUUAUGCUGGUAAAAAUGUUAAGAGCGGACAAAUUCAUACCAUCAUUGGUUUGGAUCCUGCUUCUCCUUUAUUCAAAUAUGACAAACCCAAAAAACGUUUAGCCAGUACUGAUGCCUUCUAUGUGGAAUCGAUACAAACCAAUGGUGGUGAAUUGGGUUUCUUGAAACCCAUUGGCAAGGGAGCUUUCUAUCCCAAUGGUGGUAAGUCACAACCUGGUUGUCCUUUGGAUAUAGCUGGUGCUUGUGCCCAUGGCCGUUCGGUUACUUACUAUGCCGAGGCUGUUGCUGAGGAUAAUUUUGCCACCGUAAAGUGUAACAAUUACAAGGAUGCUGUUGCCAAGGAUUGUGGUGCCACUUAUAGCUCUGUACGUAUGGGUGCUGAUAAAAAUUCUUUUAUGGUUGCUGGUGAUUUCUAUGUGCCAGUGAAUAAGAAGGCUCCUUUUGGUGUUUUGGCUUAAAUUGAUUUUGUGUUAAAUAAAAUGGUUAAAAAUUAAACUGCAAA